AUGCUGUCUGUCAACCCUGCCAAGAGAAUCAACGCUGCAGAAGCUCUCAAACAUCCAUGGAUCUGUCAAAGAGAACGUGUUGCUUCUGUUGUGCACAGACAAGAGACUGUGGACUGCCUGAAAAAGUUUAAUGCCAGAAGAAAGCUCAAG